GCGCCGCGUGCCCCCGUGGCGUAGUGCCUCGUCCCGUCACGACUAUCCGCUGGGCGGGGUCCGUGCUGGCCGAGGUCCGUGCUGGCCGAGGGCGCGCCGGCUGCCGGAGUGGACAUGGCGGUCGGCCCUACUGGGGCGGUGCUGGCUUUUCUUGGGGUGCUUAGUGUCUGUGCAGCCAGCGGCUAUGGGUCCGUGGCGGAGAAGGAGGCCGGCGGGGAGGCGGAGUGGGCGGAACCGUGGGAUGGCGCGGUUUUCCGGCCGCCCUCGGCGCUGGGCGCAGUGGGGGUGACGCGCAGCUGUGGGACGCCGCGGCCAGGGAGGGAGGAGGCGGGGGACUUGCCGGUGCUGUUGUGGUGGAGCCCAGGGCUAUUCCCCCACUUCCCGGGAGACUCGGAGCGCAUCGAGUGUGCGCGCGGCGCGUGCGUGGCGUCCCGGAACCGUCAAGCGCUGAGGGACUCGCGGACGCGCGCGCUGCUCUUCUACGGCACCGACUUCCGCGCGUCGGACGCGCCGCUGCCGCGCCUGGCGCACCAGAGCUGGGCGCUCCUCCACGAGGAGUCGCCACUCAAUAACUUCUUGCUGAGCCACGGCCCGGGCAUCCGCCUCUUCAAUCUUACCUCCACCUUCAGUCGCCACUCGGAUUACCCGCUGUCGCUGCAGUGGCUGCCCGGGACCGCCUAUCUGCGCCGCCCGGUGCCUCCGCUUCGGGAACGCGCGGAGUGGCGCCGCCGCGGCUACGCGCCGCUGCUCUAUCUGCAGUCACACUGCGAUGUGCCCGCGGACCGGGACCGCUACGUGCGCGAGCUCAUGCGCCACAUCCCGGUAGACUCCUACGGGAAAUGCCUGCAGAAUCGGGAGCUGCCCACCGCGCGGCUACAGGACACAGCCACGGCCACCACCGAGGAUCCAGAGCUCUUGGCUUUCUUGUCCCGCUAUAAGUUCCACUUGGCCCUGGAAAAUGCCAUCUGUAACGACUACAUGACAGAAAAACUGUGGCGUCCCAUGCAUCUGGGCGCUGUGCCCGUGUACCGUGGCUCUCCCUCUGUGAGGGACUGGAUGCCGAACAAUCACUCCGUCAUCCUGAUUGAUGAUUUUGAGUCUCCUCAGAAGCUGGCAGAAUUUAUUGACUUUCUGGACAAGAAUGAUGAGGAGUAUAUGAAAUACCUGGCAUACAAGCAACCUGGGGGCAUCACCAACCAGUUCCUUCUGGAUAGUCUGAAGCAUCGGGAGUGGGGAGUGAAUGAUCCUUUGCUGCCUAACUACCUCAACGGCUUCGAGUGUUUCGUCUGUGACUACGAACUGGCUCGGCUGGAUGCCGAGAAAGCCCACGCGGCCUCUCCCGGUGACAGCCCCGUCCUUGAGCCCCACAUUGCCCAGCCCUCACACAUGGACUGCCCAGUGCCCACACCUGGCUUUGGCAAUGUGGAAGAGAUUCCUGAGAAUGACAGUUGGAAAGAGAUGUGGCUGCAAGAUUAUUGGCAAGGUCUGGACCAGGGGGAAGCUCUCACUGCCAUGAUCCACAACAAUGAAACAGAGCAGAGGACAUUUUGGGAUUACCUACAUGAAAUCUUCAUGAAAAGGCAACAUCUCUAAGUGCCCUUGCAAGAGCCUUUAACUUGGCGGAGAUAAGGAGAUCUUAUUCUACCAUGGGACAUAAGGAGCAUCCACUGCACAAACCCUUAAUGAACACUGUCUUUUCAUGGAUUCAAGGAAUUCCAGUUUUAUCUAUUAAGAUUUUAUCUUAAUGAUGAGUAGCCAAGGUCUAACAUAGGGCCUCUCAAGGAGAGAUGGUGGCAUACAAUUCUUGCUUCAGUGGGAAACAGAACUCUAAAACAUCCAUUUGAUUAAGGUGCUGGUCCAACAGAGUUUUUAAAUUACUCACUUCUUUAUUUCAUCCUUUCAACUGUACUUGUCUACCAGUGAAGUAAGAUGGGUCAGGUUACGACUUACAACUUUUGUUCUAUUCCCCAAACUCAUUAUUCGGUACGUUUCCCAAUAAUCUCUUUUUCUCAUCUCUUGCUUUAUAAAUUGUUAUGUUGGUGGAGAAGCAAAACA